UCAAGUGUUGUUUAUUUUUAACUGUCAAAUUUAAGCAGCAAUGUUACUGAACCUCAGCUGUCUUUCCUAAAUUGCGCUCCUUUGAGAUGGCUGGCCUAAACAGAAGGCUGCGCACCGCCCAGCAAAUCCUCCUGCGGCGAGCUCUAAGCAAAAGCAUUGGCAGAUGCCAUGUUGCCACCGGAUUGGUCCCGAGCAAGGGUGGCAUCGUGGACUCUCCAUCUCUGAUCACAGAACUCCAACCGGUCAAUCCAGUUAGGGAGAGAUCCUCGUCCAGAGCGGUGAGAAAAAUCCACAGGCUUUUGGCAGCCAAUCCCUUGAGGAUUUUGCAAGAGAGGAAGGCGGAAAGAAAACUGCCAGGAUGUGUGCUGCAGAGGAAGGACUCUCGUUCAUGGAGGGAACUGAAACCAAGUGAGCAUAACCCAACCGUUAGUGGUCACAGUCUCAAACUCAAUGGCAGGGACAGCACAAGAUCUCGGCAUAGUUCCUCCACUUAUCCUUCUACCUGGCAGCUAAAUGUUAGUAGGGCCAAAGAGGAACUUCAAGACAAUUCUCAAGGAUCUCUAGAGGAGAUUCUCAAUUGUUCGAUUCUCAAUCGAACGCCCUAUGAUCACAAGCUUAGUAUUCCCCUCAAGUCGAACAAUUCCUGCCAAUGCAAAAUUAAUAAGAAAUCAGAAAGAAGGGGUAGAAAAACAAAAGGAGUUUCUGAGGCUCAGACCCAGACAAUGAGAGAAAUCGGAAGCAAAAUAGGGACUCUUACAGAUGAAAGAAAUUUUCACGGAAAAAGCUGUGAUUUAAGUGUGGAAUUCCAGAGAUUAAGGCAGAGGGUGUACAGCGGCGAGGAUGUCGGUCUAGAUCGAAAGAUAUGUAUAUCGCCAUCGAAAACAAGCGCCAUAUCUAAGGUCUCUUUUAAGUGUGAAAAAACUUGCCCUGGAAAAUCCUUCGAAAACUAUGGCGGUUACAGCCCUUCGGAAACGGAUAUUGAAACCGAAGCUGAACACAACACGAAGUUCGAAAGUCGAUUUGAUUAUCUAAAUAAAAUAGAGAAGAUCAGCAAACCUCCUUCAAAUGCUUGUAUGAAGAGAAGCCUUAAUAUGCCUGGCAAAUCGGAAGUCCAUCAAUAUAUUUCCCAAGAAAACCGAGAAAACGAGCCCAUUAAUCUGGCUGAGUAUGAAGAUCCAAAUUAUGAAAUUCAGAGAAAGAACCUAAAAUGUUUUUGUAAUAGGGCACAUAAAAGAGACAGACUAGACAGAAGUGGAAGAGCUCAGGAUACUAAAUGGAUAGGACAUUGUAGCAACCCCAUAUGUACCUCAAAGGAAUCACUCAAACGUACGAAAGUGCAACAGUAUCUGGGCAGAAGUAUUCCAGAAAACGGACGCCUAAAUCAACCAAACUUUCAAGAUAGUGAUCAAAAAAUUCAAAGAAAACACCUCAAAUGUUUUUGCACGAAAACACUGAAAAAAGAUAACCCAGCUAGAAGUGUAAAUAAAUCAUUUGAUUCUCUGAAAUCACAUCUAAUGAAAACGGAUGCAGUCAGAAGGAGCUAUAGAAGAAAUGAGGAAAAAAUACUUUCACAAGACAGCUUAUUAUCGUCUGAUCAAUUUGUUAAUGAAGGUAGUGAAGAUAAUUUUUGCCAAGGUGAAUUUAGGACUCAAAGUGUUUAUCAAAAUAACAAAAGAACUUCUGAAACAACCCCUACAAAUGUUUAUCAAUCUUACGAAUAUACAACUAAUUCCGAUGAUUCAGAUAAUCUAGGAACAAAACAGAUGGAUCAACGCCGUUACAAUCAAAUCAGGAAACUCCAAACUCCGGAAUUUACGCAAGCUGGAGUCACAAGACGACAUCCUGAUACUAACAAUCGAUGUUUUAGAACUAAGGAAUCAUGUUCAGGAUCUUUGGAAAAUGAAAAUGAAAGGAGAGCAGCUCGUGAAAAAAAUAGUGGUGUUGUUAUUUGCGCAGAGGCCAUUACACAGACUUCUGAUUAUUUGUUGGCAACAUUAAUACCUGGAAGCAUAGACAACGCUCAAGGAACGCAUUUUAAAGAAUCGAAUCAACGGCUAACGAAUUUAGAAAAAUCAAAUAUUGGACAGUCCAAUCAAGAUAACUUCAAGCAAGUUAAAUCAAAUGAAGCAGAUCAAGUACAAAGUAAACCAUUAGAACAAGUACAAUCCGAAUCACAAAUAAUUUAUUCCGACAAAGCGCAAUACCAACUAAUAAGAUCUAGCUCAGUAAAGCUAAAAACGGCUCCAGAAAUUGCUCCAAAAAGUAAAAGGGCAAUCCCUACACGGAAACGAAAGGGUAGUCAAAAAAGAUUUUCCAUUUCUGAAAAAAAUAAAAAACAGAAAUGUGAGAGUUGUGAAUGCAAAUCAGUUGAUAAGGAUCAAAAGGUAACCGGAAAGUUAUCAACUAAUAAGGAUCAAAAGUUAAUUGAAGUUAUAUCUCAUAGUGACAAGUGUGAUGUUUGGGAAAUUUUAAAUGUUUUGCAAAAAACUGUGGCUGGGCUGGAAAAGCAAAUAAAUAUAAAAAAAAAAUUAGCCAAACGUACAAAAUCCAAAAACAAUUUCAAUAAAAGACAUUCCCAACUAAACGAGAUUCAAAAUCGAUAUGUUAAUCAAGCCCCUACCCAAACUGUGCCUGACUGGCAAACAAGUUUAUAUUCGGAACAAAAUCCAACUGAUCUGCCUUUGGCUAUUUUUCAAGACCAACAAAAUGUUGGUAAAAUAGAUCCUGCUAAGGUUGCAAGACCAACAAUUUUGUAUCAAACUACUGCUUAUAGAACAACAGAACCUGUCAAUUCUGGAAACCCUACAAACAUGUAUAAAACUAAUUCUGUUAAACAUUUUUCAAGUUCCUUUAAAAAUGCAAGUCCAGUUAUUUAUCAAAACAACACAAUUCCAAGAGUCAAUGAUUAUUUAAAUAAUUACUCCAAUCCAGUCAAAGAUCAGGUGCCUUAUAAAGAGGAGGGAGUUACAAAAGAAACUGAAUAUGAUUAUCAUACUCAGGAACCCCCUCACAAACCCAUUAAAUACAUAGAUGAUAACCAUGAAAAAAUUACUUACUGUAUAAAUCCUCAAUGCAAUAGGAAUAAUCCUCAAAUGGAAGUCUACCAAAAGAGUGCUUACGCAAGAACACCAAUGACGGAUUCAGCAUACAACCAGGUUUUAAAGCAUACAGCCAAUUCAGGAGGGCAGAAUCAAAAGGAAGUAUGCAAAGGCCCGAAGUAUUGUCCAUAUCGAAGUCAGUACAGACAUGACCAUGGUCCUACAAGCCGAGGGGUAGUUACUUUUCAAGACUGCGAAAAAAUAUGUAAAGAAAGGUCUAGACUAGAAUGUUUUUGUGAUCAAAGGCAGGGAAAACUACUAAAGGGUGGCACGGCUUGGGACUUUUGCGAAAAUCCACAUUGCCCAGAAAAUAACAAAUUUAAAAAUGUUUCAACUAGAAUUGAGAGGAAACAAUUUGGUCAAGAAAUAAGAGGUUCUCCGCGGGACAAUCCAAAUUUUCCACACAAUGAAUUAGUUUCCAAGACACUCACGUAUAAUCAUCAGAAAGAACCAUUACACGAAGAAGAACUUAAUGAAUGUCCUGGUAGAAAAGUUUUUUGCCAAAAUGAAUCCGAAGAAGAUUCCAGUUAUUCAGACAGUCAAGAAUGUUUUGAUAGUCCCGGUUAUAAAAAACGGUCUUAUCCAAGACAAGAGUGCACACCAAACUGCCUCACUAGACCAAUGCAUUUUAAUCAAGAUGAUAAAAGGCAAGAAUAUCCUCUAAGAGAAGAAGACAAAGUCCUAAGAACUAAGAAUAAUCCAAAAUCAUGUAGAGUUACAAAUGAGGACUAUCCUAAUUGCCCUGAAAAAAUAAUAAAGAAUUAUGAAAAACCAAGACAAGAUUACCAAAACGACUAUAAUGACGAUUAUUUUGAAAAUCCAAUAUUUCCCGAAAAAAACACUAGAUAUACAUACGGGGCACGAACUAAUGCCGAUAAUUCUCCAAGACUUCGCUCGAAAGGGCAGCCAAAAGUUGGGGGCAACGAUUCAUGCCCUGAAGAUUGUCCUAAUUUAGGCUCUUUUACCCAUCUAAAUAAUCGAUAUAAACAAUUAGGUUUGGAAAUUUGCGAUAGUUCCAAAUGUCCAGAAAAAUUUAAUAGGCUUUCCAAUAAAGAGAAUUUGUGCAAAGAUCCACUAAGUCAGGAAAAAAGAAUAAGGUAUCGAAGUCAAAAGUAUGAAGAAGCUGAUUACAAAGUUUGUAAGACCGCCAACUGUUCCGAUAAAAGAGGAAUGAUAGAGGAUCGAAACAAAUAUUCAACUUACGAAGAUACUUCAUAUAGAGUCGGACCUGAAAGAAAAUAUAUUAAGCAGUUGUGUGAGAAUCCAAAAUGUCAUGAUAAAAAAGUUUAUAUGGAUAUACGGACAGAGGCCGCUGUGAAAGAAACUCCUUGUACAAGAAAGGAACAUCAAUCGCUCAAAAAAGCAUUCCAAAUGAUGUAUCUUUUGAUCCAGAACAUUUCGAGGAAGAUCCCGACUCUUGUACGGAAGAUUGUUAUAAUCGCAAACGUUCUCAUUAUAUCAACGAUAGAAGUAAUUGUAAAAAACAAGAAGCUAAUGAUUUUGAAGACUUUGUUAAUCCGAAAUGCUCUGGUAGAUUAA